CGUGCGUCCUCCCCCUCCCCUACACAGCUAUACUUUCAGAUCCGUCAUGCGGUCCCCUCCGCUUCCGUCCGCCGGAGGCGGCGCCCGCGACGCCGAUACCCUCUUCCGCUCCAAGCCGAUUCCCGAGAUCCGUGCCGCAGAGACAACCACGCGGCGGGAGAUCAAGGCCAAGGAGGAGGAGCUCCGCCUGCUCGUCGGCGAGAGCUACCGAGAUCUCAUCGACUCCGCGGACUCUAUCCUCCUCAUUCACACCUCGUCCGAGUCCAUCGACUCCAAUCUUGCUGCCGUUGAAGCCGCCCUGCGCUCCCUUUCCGUCUCCUCCGCUCCCGACUCACCCACCGUCGCCUCUAACCCGGCCCGCGCUCGCGUCUACAGCAUUGCCGCCCGGGUUAAGUACCUCAUCGACACCCCGGAGAACAUCUGGGGCUGCCUCGAUGAAUCCAUGCUACUUGAGGCCUCCGGCCGAUACCUCCGUGCCAACGAAGUUUACGGCCUCCUCACUAACAAUGCCGAUGGGGAAUUGCUUGCCAAAUUUCCUCUUAUUCGGCAUCAAUGGGAGAUUGUUGAGGGCUUCAAGUCCCAGAUAUCUCAAAGAAGCCGCGAAAGGUUGAUCGAUCAAGGGCUCACCGUCGCCGCCUACGCAGAUGCCCUAGCUGCUGCGGCCACCAUUGACGAUCUUGACCCGAAGCAGGUGCUAGGCCUUUUCUUGGACUCUAGGAGGUCGUGGAUCUCGCAGAAGUUAGUAGGUGGCAUCCUGGAUUCUAAUUCCUCUUCUUCCUUGCUAUGUGAUGUGGUUAGGACGAUCAGAUCUAGCUUGGGCCAAGUGGGCGAGCUCCUUCUUCUAGCACUGAAUGAAAUGCCGUUAUUCUACAAAAUGGUGCUUGGGUCUCCCCCUGGGACACAGCUGUUUGGUGCAAUCCCUCAUCCUGAGGACGAAGUGAGGCUCUGGAAGUCGCAUCGGGAGAAAUUGGAAGCAACCAUGGUGCUGCUUGAACCAGAUUUUAUUGCGGGGACCUGUUCUUCUUGGUUAGGUGACUGCUGUGAGGAAAUUUUUGGUAGUUGGGCAAGUGGUAAACGUAUAACUGAUGCAAUUGCAAGCGGGGAGGGCCUUGCAUCUGCAGAAAAGAUGGUUCGUUAUACUUUGGAUGAUCGAGACGGAUUGGAAGAGAGCUUGGAACAUUGGCUGAAAAGUGUCUUUGGUUCUGACAUUGAGACCCCUUGGGACCAGCUUCGUGGACUUAUCCUGAAGAAUGGAAAAGAUAUCUUAGAGGAUAGGCUGGAAGAUGCGUUUACUAGAAGAAUGAAAGAGAUCAUGGAUUCGGAGUUUGCAAACUUGAACAUAGAUAUCAACUUGCGGAACUCUAUCCAGGCUAUUGUGAAAACUACAUACAGAAAUGACUCAGAUGAUUCACAAGCUUAUUUGAGAAAGCUGUCAAUUGAUGGUGGAAUUUGGUUCUCAGAACCAAUUCAAAAGAAAACAGGACUGCUUUAUGCACAUAAGCCAACAAUUUAUGAGAAUGACUUCAACAGUAGCCUAAAUGCAUAUCUUGGACCUGAAGUUAGUCGGAUUAGAGAUGCCUUGGACAGAAAAUAUCAAACCAUACUAGAAGAUCUUUUGUGCUAUGUGGAAUCUCACAAUUCUUUUUUGAGGUUGAAAGAACUGGCACCAUAUCUUCAAGAAAAAUGUUACAGCACCAUAGCUGUCUUACUAAAGGAACUUGAAGAUGAACUUGCACUGCUCACUGCUGCUUUGGAAAGAGACACAGAGGACAGGGAGUUACCACACGCUGUCCUUAUUGACAGAUCACUCUUUAUAGGACGCCUUUUGUUUACAUUACAAAACGAUUCGAGUCAUAUACCUCUAAUUCUCGGUUCCCCAAGGCAGUGGGUUAAAGACUCUCCUGGUGCAGUCUCUGUUAGCUUCUCAUCAUCUCCUCUGCCUGUGAAACAUAAAGCAUUUUUUGAUUCUCCAAUCUCUCCCCGUCAUAGCAACAGCUCUAAAAGCCCUAGGAGACAGUUUCUUGAUAAUCCUAGAAGGCAGACAAUUUCAGCUGCUGCUGCAUUGUUUGCAUUGGAUGAAACCUCAAAUCCAAAGCUUGAGGUACUCAAUAAAAUCUUUAAAGAUUUGCGCAUCAAAUCUCAUGGCCUAUGGAUUGUUUGGCUGUGCAAUGAGUUAGUACUAAUUCUUUCUAAGGAUUUUGUCAAAGAUGAAGCAUUAUCUUCUUCAACUUCUUUGCAGGGUUGGGAAGUGACUAACAUCAAACAAAAUGAUUCCAAGGAAGGUUCUUUGGAGAUGACAAUCUCUCUUCCUUCUAUGCCUUCACUCUAUAUCACCUCCAUUCUCUUUCAAGCUUGUUUAGAAAUUCACAGAAUCGGAGGUCAUAUUCUUGAUCGAUAUACAUUGCAGAUGUUUGCUUGGAAACUUUUACAGAAGGUGGUUGAAAUCUAUGAAAGAUUUUUAUUAGCCAUGGAGAAUGGUGAAUUUCAAGUCUCAGAUAAAGGAAUACUGCAGAUUUUGCUAGAUUUAAAAUUCAUUGCUGAUAUUCUCUCUGGAGGCAAAGACUCUGCUGUCAGCGGUUCUGAAUCAAAUGCCAAAGAAGAUUCACCAAAAGUUAAAACAUUAAAACCGGCAUUGAGAUGGAAACAGACACAAAACAAGCCUGAUUGUGCUAAUGUGGCAGCCAUUACAAAACUAAUCAAUAGCUUUACAAAGAGGCUGGAUCCAAUUGACUGGGCUAUGUAUGAGCCUUACCUCUGGGAGAAUGAGAAACAAUCAUAUAAGCGAUAUUCUGUCCUUUUUGGCUUCUUAGUUCAGCUUAAUCGUAUGUACACUGAGACCGUUCAGAAAUUGCCUACAAAGUCAAACACAGGUUCCAACAUUAUGAGAUGUUCCACAGUUCCCCGAUUUAAAUACCUACCUAUCAGUGCUCCUGCAUUAUCCACAAGAAAUCUACAUAAAUCAGCGAUGCAGACUUCUGAUGAUGCUUCGAUGAGGAGCCCCUGGAAAGCAUAUGGAAGUGGUGAACAAUCUCCAAAGCCUGACUUUGAUGAUAGUCCAAACUAUGGAAUUGCUGCACCAUUGUUGAAGUCUAUCAUGACACAGGUGGGAAGCAAAUUUGGAGAGAGUACCUCCAGGUGGGGUUCUAUGCUUUCUGAUGGCCAAGUUGGUAGGCUCAAAGACAGAUCUGCGGCUGCCAUGUCGACAUUUGGUGACAUUCUUCCUGGCCCUGCAGCAGGGCUUCUAUCGUCUCUUACAUCAGGUGCAGCCAUGUUUGACCCUUAGUCUGUGCUUAUUCGUUAUCGAAAUUGGUAUUCAGAUGAACAGAAUGCAUCUGGUUGGAGAGGCUACUUCCAGUCUCACAUGGACUGUAACACAUCUCACAGCACGAGCAGUUCGCAGUUAAAAUGUGGCCCCAAGCAUUGGAAGCUGUGUUCGCAUUGUCCAGCGAUGGGAAUUGGAACACUUGUACGGAAGUUGACGGAUCAGAGUUGUAUAUGUUACAAGAUUCACAGUAUCAUCAAAAAAAUAUAUAUAGUUUUCCGGCAGGACCGAAUAAUACUAAUUGUUGUGGUCGAGCUUUGCUCCUUUUUUGCAUGGCGACAUUGUUAUAUAUUUAAUAAUAAAAUUCAUUUGUUUUUUGCCUGGUUA